AAACUAGAUGCCAGCAAGCUGCAUGUGUGGCCACGUAGAGACCUGAUGCUCAUCCUGCUGCCAAACGUUGACGGCACGUUCUCGGGGACACUGUUCAUGCCAGCUGACAAGUUCAAGGACAUUUUGGGCUGUCCAAAAAGGCUUCUGGAUUUUUUUCACUCAACGUUCACUGACCUGGUGCCCUUAGUAGGCAGGUAAGUUGCUGUUAGCUUGCUUUCAGGUGUAGCGGAGACGCAUUGUCUCACCUGCUUUAGAGACGGGGGGAAGAAAGAUAACGAGACUGACUGUGUGUGUGAGAGAGAGGGGGAGAGAGUGUGGUGAAAGAGAAUUUGAGAGAGAGAAAGAUAGAUAGAGAAAGUGAAAUGAAUACAGAGAUAGAAGAGAAAGAGAGAGAGAGUGAGAGAGAGAGAGAGAGAGAGAGAGAGAGAGUGAGAAAGAGUGAAAGAGAGAGAAAGAGAGAGAAGAGAGGGCAUUCAGGCCCUAAAAUAAUAUUACAUGUAAGAUAAAGAGAAUGGGGAACAAACAGAAUAAGAAUGAGGGAGUGGGAGUGUGGGAGUGAAAUGUAAGUACACAAAGCGUUAGAUAAAUAGGAAGAGAUGAAGAGUACGUGUGGAAAAAGAAAGAUCUAGGUAGAAGCUGGAGACAUUUAUUACAAAUUCGGAAUUUUAAAAAAAAAUUAUAUAUUUUCUUCAAACAAUUUAUAUAAAAAUCAUAAUCUAAUUAUGCUGUCUAUUUAUUUGUGUGCUACAGCGAAUACCUGGUCCAACACUUUACCGGAAGUGGCAAGACAAGACCCGGGUACCUUGUCUCCAACAAGGUAUUUUGUUCUUGCAGUGAUCUCUUGAUCAACAACACCUUAAGCAAGACCUCCUUUCAUGUACAAUCAUCAUAGCAAAGUCAACUAAUUGCAUGUGUUGACAGUUACCAGAUAACUACUUUUAAUGCAUUGACGUAGUGAUAGACCCAGUAUUAAAUUGACAUUCGCUUCAAUCAAAGUUCAAAAAUUUAAUUUCAUCACCUGACAGGUGAGGCCUUACCACAGCAAAGGUAGAAUGGUGCUCGUUGGGGAUGCAGCCCACGCCGUGGUGCCUUUCUAUGGGCAAGGAAUGAAUGCA